GCGCCGCGUCACAAUGGAGCCGGUCGGAGGCGGCUAGCCGGGCAGCGCCGGGGCUUCCCGCUGAGUCCGCAGCCCCGGGCAGCCGGGAAAGUGCGGGCGCAGGGCCGCCGCCGGCGCGCCCGAGGAGGCGCGGGGCGCACUCUGCGGAGAGCGCCGGCGCCCGGGGCUGGAGUCGCGCAGGAAUUCCUCAAAUUGAAACUAAUUGCAGAGUUUCUGGUUGACCAGCAUUCAUAGGUUUCUUUCUAGGUCCCUAAACUACGAUCAAGUUUGGAAAGGAUGUUUGUUAUCUGAAAGUCUCUAUACUGACGAGAUCUGAAAGAACUGAAUGAAGACAAACUCGGAGAUGGUGUGUCUAAGAAACUUCAAAAGGUGUAGACCCCCUGAUUGAAGCAUAGCUGAUUUAUUUGAUUCAUUUUUUCCACUUUUUUUCUGUACUCGUACAAGGGGGAGUCAUGAUUACACUAACAGAGCUAAAAUGCUUAGCAGACGCCCAGUCAUCUUAUCACAUCUUAAAGCCAUGGUGGGAUGUCUUCUGGUAUUACAUCACCCUGAUCAUGCUGUUGGUGGCUGUACUGGCCGGAGCUCUCCAGCUUACACAGAGCAGGGUCCUGUGCUGUCUUCCGUGCAAAGUGGAAUUCGACAAUCACUGCGCUGUGCCUUGGGACAUCCUAAAAGCCAGCGCGAACACGUCCUCUAAUUUUGGGACACCACUUCCGCUCCCCCUCCGAAUCCAGAAUGACCUCCACCGACAGCAGUACUCCUACAUCGACGCAGUCUGUUAUGAGAAACAGCUCCAUUGGUUUGCAAAGUUUUUCCCCUACCUGGUGCUCUUGCACACACUUAUCUUUGCAGCCUGCAGCAACUUUUGGCUUCACUACCCCAGCACCAGCUCUAGGCUGGAGCAUUUCGUGGCCAUCCUUCACAAGUGCUUCGAUUCUCCAUGGACCACCCGCGCCCUGUCAGAAACAGUGGCUGAGCAGUCAGUGAGGCCCCUGAAAGUCUCCAAGUCCAAGACUUUGCUUUCGUCCUCUGGGUGUUCAGCUGACGUUGACUCCAGCAAGCAGUCACUGCCCUACCCACAGUCAGGUUUGGAGUCAGCCAGCAUAGAAAGCCCAACUUCCAGUGUCCUGGACAAGAAGGAAGGUGAACAGGCAAAGGCCAUCUUUGAGAAAGUGAAAAGGUUCCGUCUGCAUGUGGAGCAGAAGGACAUCAUUUACCGGGUGUAUCUGAAGCAGAUAAUAGUCAAAGUCAUUUUGUUUGUCAUGAUCAUAACGUACGUUCCAUAUUUUUUAACCUACAUUACUCUUGAAAUUGACUGUUCAAUUGAUGUGCAGGCUUUUACGGGAUAUAAACGCUACCAGUGUGUCUACUCCUUGGCAGAAAUAUUUAAGGUCCUGGCUUCAUUCUAUGUCAUUUUGGUAAUACUAUACGGUCUCACCUCCUCCUACAGCUUAUGGUGGAUGCUGAGGAGUUCCCUGAAGCAAUAUUCCUUUGAGGCGUUAAGAGAAAAAAGCAACUAUAGCGAUAUCCCGGACGUCAAGAAUGACUUUGCAUUCAUCCUCCAUCUAGCUGAUCAGUAUGAUCCUCUUUAUUCCAAACGCUUCUCCAUAUUCCUGUCAGAGGUUAGUGAGAACAAACUGAAGCAGAUCAACCUCAACAACGAAUGGACAGUUGAGAAACUGAAAAGUAAGCUUGUGAAAAACUCCCACGACAAGAUAGAGCUGCAUCUCUUUAUGCUCAGUGGUCUUCCGGACAAUGUCUUUGAGUUAACGGAAAUGGAAGUGCUCAGCCUGGAGCUGAUCCCCGAGGUCAAGCUGCCCUCUGCAGUCUCACAGCUGGUCAACCUCAAGGAGCUUCAUGUGUACCAUUCAUCCCUGGUGGUAGACCAUCCUGCACUAGCCUUUUUAGAGGAGAAUUUAAAAAUCCUCCGCCUAAAAUUUACUGAAAUGGGAAAACUCCCACGCUGGGUAUUUCACCUGAAGAAUCUCAAGGAGCUUUACCUGUCAGGCUGUGUUCUCCCUGAGCAGUUGAGUACCAUGCAGCUGGAGGGCUUUCAGGACCUAAAAAACCUAAGGACCCUCUACCUAAAGAGUAGUCUGUCCCGGAUCCCCCAGGUUGUCACAGACCUCCUGCCUUCACUGCAGAAGCUGUCCCUUGACAACGAGGGAAGCAAACUGGUCGUGCUGAACAACUUAAAAAAGAUGGUCAAUCUGAAAAGCCUAGAACUGAUCAGCUGUGACCUGGAACGCAUUCCACACUCCAUUUUUAGCCUGAACAAUUUGCAUGAGUUAGACCUAAAGGAAAAUAACCUUAAAACUGUGGAAGAGAUCAUUAGCUUUCAGCAUCUUCAGAAUCUUUCCUGCUUAAAAUUGUGGCAUAAUAACAUUGCUUAUAUCCCUGCCCAGAUCGGAGCAUUAUCUAACCUAGAGCAGCUCUCUUUGGAUCAUAAUAACAUUGAGAAUCUGCCCUUGCAGCUUUUUCUAUGCACCAAACUACAUUACUUGGAUCUAAGCUAUAACCACCUGACCUUCAUUCCAGAAGAAAUCCAGUAUCUGAGUAAUUUGCAGUACUUUGCUGUGACCAACAACAAUAUCGAGACACUGCCAGAUGGACUAUUUCAGUGUAAGAAGUUGCAAUGUUUACUCUUGGGGAGAAAUAGCCUGACGGAUUUGUCCCCUCACGUAGGUGAGCUGUCGAACCUCACUCAUCUGGAGCUCAUUGGUAAUUACCUGGAAACGCUGCCUCCGGAGCUGGAAGGGUGUCAGUCCCUGAAACGGAGCUGUCUGAUUGUGGAGGAUAGUUUGCUCAAUACUCUUCCUCUCCCUGUGACAGAACGUUUGCAGACUUGCUUAGAUAAAUGUUGAUCAGAGACCUGUGUUGCAAAGGCAUUUUUUAAACGUACACCCCAGGGCUUUAAAAGAGACAUAAACUUUCCUAAGUUAUAAAGUGAAACAUGGGUGGUAGUAACAAGGCAACCAUAACCAGAUAUCUUAUUAAAGCCACUCAAUAUCUAGCCCUAAGUUAAACAGGUAAAAAGUAUAAACACUGAACUGGAAUUUUGUGAAUAAUUGAUCUUUAACUUAUUGAGGUGUAAGAAGUACACAUUGAGGAUGGGUUGAGGAGUGUGAAAUGACUGAAUCUUUACUUUGCAGUUUUUCCCUUUAGGAUUAUACAGGUUUCUUUCCUCUUCCUCCCCAUCCCUAUUUCUUAUUUGCACACCUGUUUUAACUGACUUCCUGUUUUGAUAUUUAUCACCACAACCGCAAAAUCUCAUCAAUAUAAAUUUCCUUGAUGUAGAUGCACCACUGUCUUUGAUUUAGGUUCCUACUGUUCUUUUUAGGCAGGGUAUAUUAUGCUUGGCAGAAUUCCUUUUUGUCUUAAUUGUUACUUCCUUUCCCUGCUUGCUUAAGUCGUCCUUAAUAUGGUUUUCUCUCAACAACCAUGAGGAUCCCUGAGAAAAUGCCCGCCUUUGGCCUUGAUCUAGAACAGGAGCCAGGGUACAUUGGACAUGUUACCCUCAGGGCAUCCUGAAAAUUAAUGUUUUCUUGAAAAUUUCUUCUUAUCUAUCAUCAAAGCCUUUUUUUUAUUUGUUAAGAAUUUUUAUAUGAAAUAUAAAAUAUAUAAAUAUUUUCUAUUGUGUGGUCUCGGGUUCCACAUCUGUGAGAAUAAUUUUUGUAAGGUACAGAGAACAUAUGCAUUUCUUUAAGAACUAACGAUGCUUGGUUUUAGCUGUUGAUGAUUCUCAAGUUUGUGUGCACUCUGCUCCAAAAUGUUUUUGUACUCCGCAACUAAUUGCUUGGAUAACAAAAGCCUUGUGUUUUGUGCCCUAAAGUAUUUGGGGGUUUCCUUGUGAGAGGAUGGCCACAUCAUCUACCUCUCUCUUCCCUAGUCUCUGUGCAAUUGUACGGGUACAAUUCUUAAUUAUUUACAAAAACUGUGAUGGAGGGGAGAGGGACAGAUUUGAACUUUAAAAUUGAUUUCAAAAUACUUUGUAGGGAUUUAGUAAAUGUUAAAGCAAAAUGUUUUUUUCCUCCAUCUGCAUGAUCUCUAGAUAUGAUUUAUAAAAUAAAACACUCGUCAUCUAUUCAGUGUCCAAGGUGAGCUCUCAGAGCUCACAAAGAUUCAUUUAACUGAAAUUCAUCUCAUGCCUUUAACUCUUCUGGAAUACAUUUUGCUCCUUUUUAUAAAGAGCUUUGUGUUUGGCCUUUUAUUAUUGUGCAUAAUGUUACAUGAAUAAAAUCGACUGACUCACUUUUGGGAAAUGUACAUUUUUAAUGUGUUUUCUCCAGUCGGUCUAACCAUUAUGAUGCCAUCUCAUUUUGGAUACAACUCUGAAGUAAUCUGUUAACUGCAUCUAGAAAAAAACUGGAAGACAUGAUUGGUAAAGAGUACUGUAAACAUGAAAUUGUGGUGUGCAGUGUAUGCUUUCCUUGCUUUGUUUCAGAAAGUUGAAAGUGGGUCUUUAAAAUAUUAAAGUACAGUAAAUGCAGUGUCUUUCAUCUGCCGAACAUGCCUGGACUGAAGUUCAGAGAAAAGAAUUAUUCACAUCGAAUGAAAUUUUAGCUAUAAACAAUACUGAGCACCAAAAGCUGCCUCACACAUUAUUGCUUAUUCUGAAUGGGAAGGAACAGUGUAAAUAUAUACUUCUUACCAAAACUUGCCUUUAACCAGAACACUGACGUUCUCAGGGAACCAGGCAUAAAUGAUCAAACUUUCUUCUAAGACUUUACAGAUUCUGACUAUAUGCAAGGUUUUGUUAUUUUCAUUUUUUAAAAUGUGAGUUGAUGGUUAUUUUAGUGCUUCCCAGUAGAACUGUCAUGUGCACUGAUUUCAGUGUUGGGUAGGAUUAUCUUAAGUUUUGCACAAAAAUGUGAUACACAUUUUGAGAGAUGUUCAAAUGUUUUGGGCCACACAAAUAGCCAUGAUUUGUAUUUAAAAAUCCUAUCCUCUUCUUUAGGAAGAAUUUUCAAAACAAAAUUCAGAUUUGCUACCAUUCACUUGACAAACUAGAACUUCUGCAUGUUUAGUCAUUGAUUCUGUUCAAGUGCAAAAGCCAUUGGCUAGAUCUUCCUUAUCACUUCGGGAAAUUCCUGGGAGCAGUUUGCUAGCAGGACCAAUAAUAAAUUUGUAAGCUACUUUCCACACAUUAGGAUAUAGUUACUGGUGCAAACUGUGUUGCUCUUGAUGCCAUAGUUUCAAAAUGUCUUUUUAUUUAAAUUUUAUACACCAGUAUUUAAGUAGCUUUUGAAACAACACAGCACUAACCCAGUGAACAAUGACAUCACUGCUUCAUCUAUGAAAUAUAUAGAUGAAAAAGUGUUUCAUGUUGAUAGCACCUUUACUACAUUGUGGGAGCAGAUCUUUAUUUUGCAAGUGUAUAUAUAUAUAUUCACUCAAGAGAAUUUUAAACUAAGAGAAUGAAGUUUGCUAGAUUAUAAUUAUGAGACUUUAAUUGGUGUUUGAUUUCCAAGAGUGUAUUUUCCAAAAUCUAAGUAUAAAGGAUUAAGUUUAAAAAGUUUAUGACUUAUACUAGAAAUAGCAUCAGUUCAUUUUAUUUGCGUGAACACACAGACAUUGAGAUACACCUAUUCCAUGAGUGCAAUUGCAACUUAAUAGUUUUGGAUAUAUUUAGUAGUUUUCCAAAAUUGCAAGAGGUUUUAGGUUAAUGCAAGGAUAGCAAUUUUUUUAAAUUCAUAACUUUCAAACAUGGAGUGUUCUAUUACAUUAUUUAUGACAUUUAAAAGAAAACCAUAAAUGUUUUUGAGCAUUCCUACAAAGAUAUAUUGUUCUUUUCCUAACCUAUAUCAGGGUAUAUCUGUGUGUCACAAAGUACUGUAUUUUCAUUUUUUGCCCUCGGUCUUAACAUUUUCCCCAUAUAUGUCACCAUAUUUCGCUGUCACUUAAUAUUUAUGUUAAAACAGGGUAAAUAAGAUCCUCGGGAUCUCAGUGCUGUGGUAGAGCUCCAGUAGGUGUGCUGCUUUGGUUUAUUUGCAUAACAUUAUUGUUAGAGAAAAAUCUGUUUCUGUUCUUUAAGUGUUUCGUGGUUCGAAUUUUAUGUUUAAUUAAAAUACUGCAUAAUAUUGAUGGGUUAUUAAAACAAUCAAACAAUUCUGUGGAUUUGACAUUAUUUCCUUGUGUUUUCAAUAAAAUUUCCAUCUUUAUAUUCUCUUAGCACCCUCCUAUUCACAUAAGGCAUUUUGUUUUCUUUCUCCACUCACCCACCUUGUUAAAUUCAAUCAGCACUUGUCUAGUAACAGAAAAUAUUAGUGCUAAAGGAUUUGCAGUAGCACCUGAGCAUGUAUUUAUUGGAAGGGGGCAAAACCUGUGCCUAUAACUAUGCCUGGGUAGUUCUUUAUUCAUCCCUUCAGUAUUUAGAACUGAUCUUGUGAUCCUUCAGUCUUGCCAAAAGCAUGAGGAUAAAGCUAUAGGUCCACUUCGUUUUCAUUGACUGUACAUCACAUCAGGAUCUGUGUUUGUUUAUUUCUGGAAAUAAGAGGAAGAGAGGACAAGUUGUUUUGUAUCCUGAAAUAUAUAUGUAUAUGAAUGAAAUGGUAUAAACUAAUAACGGUUGGAAAAUGCCCUCAAUAAUUAUUAAUUAUUUCUUAUCUUUAACUGGAUACAAAGUGCUAAAGCAAUGAAAAUAACUGCAGUCCUAUUUAACUGGUCCUCUUCCUUCCUGUCUUAUCCAUCACUUCUAUAGUAGCAGGAGGUAUCUACUAAGUAUCUUUGGUAAUGGACUACAGUUUCUUCAACAUUUUUUUAUAUAAACAAUUUCAUCAACACUGAGACAUUAACACGGACUAUAUAAGCCAAAGUUCUGAGUUGAGAUGGCUUACAAUUGAACUUCAUAUUUAAAUUUUGCAUUUAAUAAUUAUUUCUGUUGCUGAGAAAAUUAUGAAUGCCUUUUGCAUGGUAUACAUUAUCUCUAACAGAGAUGGUGCAAUUUUAAAAAUACAAAGGAUUAUAGAAUUAGAAUGGAUGUAUUUAUGCACAUAUGUUGUGUAUCAGCCCAAAUAUUAACGUUGUACAAAACAUUUUUUUUGAAUUCCACAAAUGUUUUGUUUUGAGUGAAAUAAUGGGCCAAUUACUCAAGACAUUUUCUUUUGUUAGCUCACAGUAAAAUCUAGCAUUUGUUAUUUUUUCUUUGUCACAUAUUUGGAAGUGUGUAUAUUGUUUUUUUGCUUCUGGUAAUGAAUUAUUAGAAAAUACAUAAGAUUCUGUUCAAUGUUUUUGGCCCUCAGGUUUAAAUCCCUACCAAAUCUCUCUGAUUCAGUAGAUUUUGGUAAAUUUUACUGUUUAUAAAGUACUUUUUGUGUAAAAAUAUUCAAUUUUUAUAGUAAAUGGUAAAUAAAAACAAAUGCU